UCGCUGCGCUCCGGGACGUCAACAUGCCGAGAUGUCACCCUGGCUACAGCCGGGCGACCCGAUGCGAGCUGCACACCUUCGUGGACGCCAGCGAGAAGGCCUAUGCCUUUGCUGUCUACUGGCGCACCGAAGAUGAAGACGGAAAAGUGAACGUGACGCUUGCCGCCGCCAGGGCGCGCGUAGCGCCCCUCAAGCUGACGUCCAUCCCGAGGCUCGAGCUGCAGGCGGCCGUGCUGGGCUGCCGCCUAGCCCGCACCGCCGCCGACGAAUACCAGCUGAAGGCAGACAGAAGUCUUUGGAGCGACUCAAGAACCGUACUCGCGUGGCUGAGGGCGGGACCCCGCUCUUUCAAGCCUUUCGUCGCACACAGAGUGGGUGAAAUAGAGGAAGACACACAGGCGAAGGAGUGGCGGUGGGUGCCGACCAAACAGAACGUGGCCGAUGACGCCACCAGAGGAGCGCCGGUCAACUUUACGCAGCAUCAUCGAUGGUUCACGGGACCGAUGUUCCUAUAUGAACCGGCUGACAGCUGGCCGGCCGAGAAGACAGAACAGGCGGCCCCAAACGGCGAAGAAAGAACCCCCUCCGUCGCACCGAGCAUCUUGGAGCCCCGUGUCUCUGAUACACUACCUUCACCGCAUAGAUUUUCGUCGUGGCUGCGCCUGAUACGCGCCACGGCACGAGUUCUUCAGGCAAUACAUCGUUUUCGUGCUCCACUGCGCCAAUGUCAACUACAAGCGGACGACUCGCAACACCGAAGCCGACCCGACGUGGUGCCGUGUCGCCAAGCCGACCGAACCGGCCGAGCCAUCCUCGCCGAAGACAACAUACCACCGUUGGCCGCCGAGCACAUUGUGUGGGCGGAGGAGCUGUGAGUGCGCGCCGUGCAACAAGAAUCGUUCAGCGCCGAGUUAGAAGCCUUGAAUAAAGAAGACCAACGACAGCCGGCUGCGCUCUCUCGCGCUGGCCUUCGAUCCGUGCGAGCCUGUGAUCAAAUUGAAAUCGAGGAUCACGGCCGCAGAAAACGUGACAGAAC